GGCAUCGGCGUAGACGCAGAACGAUGCUGGGAGUUGUGCAGAUCCCCUCGGUGAUCCGCGCACACGACCUGGGCGCUUGCUAUAGCGAUUCCUGUCAUCUCCGCCGCCCGCCAUCAUGUUCCUGCGAGUCUGUGAUCUCGUUGUGGACAAGAGGGUACCUCUCUUGGGCGCAAACAAAAGAAAGUCGUUCGAUGUACAGGAACGAGACUGUUUUUUGCAGAUCGGGACUGGAGUCUGGAGAGCGCACGAGGCUUGCGGUCCUCGGGAUUACGUUGGGCUGCAGUAAGUAUGGCGUGGCCAGGGUCCUCUCCUCGGUGCUCAGAGGAUAUGUCCGUGAUGAGCGUCAGUCGAACGAUACGUACGUUCCGGCUGAUCCGUGGCAAAGGGUGUUCGACUCGAAUCGAGCGUGAUGACGAUGAGUCGUUCUGUAGCAACGAUGAGUGUUACUGCCGACUCCCCGAGUCUGCACGACGGCCGCACGGCUUUUUUUGGCACGAGCUCGAGGACGCGUGACAAACUUCAAUAAUUCACCACCGACUCGGGUCGGGACCGAAGGUGUAAUACGGCUUUCGAAGGGACGUCGUGCUUUUUUUCUCGAUGAC